GAAUCCCUGACGUCACAAGGGAGGAGGCUCUCAGCCAGUGGGAGGAUGAAACACCCUUAAGAAGAAAUUAGAGAAAAGAUUGUUAUAUGGCAACACCAAGGUAUCCAAACAGAAAAAGGUCUGGAGGGUGGAACACUUUCCUUAAGAGCUGUGAUAUUUGCAGGGUCUCAUUCCAGGGCCAAAAGGUCACUAAGAGGGGAAAUGAUCAGGAGCUUUUAUAAAGUACUGUACAGAUGGUUUUUCUCUUUUAAAUACAGUACUAGAAUUGUGGGUCAGCCAAUGAAACUGACUGGUGGUACAUUCUAGGGCUGUGUACAGGUGCUGUCUUGCCAGCGCCCCCUAAUGGCUUUUUGGCCAAUAGCAACCACCAGACAAUCUAGAGGUCUUUUAGAUUCCACUGGACGGAGGACUGACAGACUCUUAGGUAGAGACAAGCGUUUAUUAAUUGGUAAACAUUAGCAAAGAAAUUGAUCAGCACCGUAGAAUAAGAGUCUAAUACAAAGCCAACAGCAACUGGAAUAAACUACAGAGCUAGCAAUAUAAGCAAUAAGCCAAAAAAUCUUAGGCAACAAUAAUCAUAAUACAGAUAGAAUAGGUAGAGUUCUUCAUGUCUCCCCAGCCGAUGGAGAUUUGGAAGGUUUAUCUGGGACACUUCAGACUGGCAGACGGUUGCUCUCUUCACAUUCUGGAAUGGAGCAUAGAACAAUAUAUCAAGAUCUCCCUGUCUCCUUAAGCUGCUGGCCCUUAUAUAGUCCAUAGUGAAGGUCUCACGCCAAGCUGGCAACAGAUGUGAUUCAUGCUGUAAUUAGGUUCCCAUCCUUUGAUGUAAUUAGGUUCCCAUCCUGCACAGCCCCAAUCACCCCACACUGCCGGAGGGAAAGGCGCAGGCCGUGGGAGGCCCAGCAGGCUGGACCGCAGCCCCCAUCCCACCCCCAAAGCCGUGGAAGAGGUGCUGACCGCGGGAGGCCCAGCAGGCUGCUCCGGGGGCCUGAGUCAGGCCACACCACCCACGUGGCCGCAACCUGGCCCAUAGCUGUCAACUUUUCCCUUUUCUUGCGAGGAAUCCUAUUCGGAAUAAGGGAAUUUCCCUUAAAAAAAGGGAAAGGUUGACAGCUAUGACCUGGCCCUGAUGCUGGGAAGGAGGUGCGGGCUGCAGCAAGGCCUAAGCAGGCCCCACCACGGCCCCAAUCCCCUGCCCGUCCCCGGGGGGAAGCCAUGAAGGUGAGCCACUCACCUCACCAAGAGCGAAGUCCAGCAAUGCAUCCAGGAGGAAGAAAACAAAGUGAGCCUGGCCUGAAGAGCACCGGCCCUUUUCCUGGCCCUCACCCCACCCCCAACUGGGGGCCCAUUGUCCUGCUGAGAUGGGGGCGGGGUGACAGUCACUCUGCAGCAAGGUGGGUGGCACCUGGCAGGUAAGCCCCCCGCUGUGUCACAAACCCCACCCACCUCCUGGAGGGGGUGUGAGCAGAGAUUACGUUCCCAUCCUUUCACUUCUUCUCAAACAGCCACGUUCCUUAUAUUAAAGCUACAGCUACACUGCAAAUCAGAAGCACCACAUUCUGUUUUAUUCCCUGGUGCCCUGCUCUGAUUCAUGGGCCCAGUUUGUCAGUCCAGAUCCAGAUCCAGAUCCAGAAAAUGCAAGUCUUUGCAAUUCCAUUUGCUAGCUCAGAUGGCUUCAAAACGGAAUUCGACAACAGGCCUCUUCGUUCUUCCGUUAAGCCACAGCAUCAGGUGUCAGGCUGGGUCUUGGCAGACUUGGAGAGCCUGUGUAACAGCUUCCUCUCUGCUUCUUUUCCAGUUCCAACUCAUGGUCUCCAUUCAAAUUGGAUUUCUAUGCAUCUCACGGAGACUGGAUCUUGUACCCCAUCUUUUCUGAUGAUCAGGAGGUAGUUCUAUAAUUAAAUGUAUAUACCUUCCAUCAAAGGGAAGCAAAGGGUGGCGCAGUGGGUUAAACCACAGAGCCUAGGACUUGCUGAUCUGAAGGUCAGCGGUUCGAAUCCCCACGACGGGGUGAGCUCCCGUUGCUCGGUCCCUGCUCCUGCCAACCUAGCAGUUUGAAAGCACCUCAAAGUGCAAGUAGAUAAAUAGGUACCACUCCGGUAGGAAGGUAAACAGUGUUUCCGUGCGCUGCUCUGGUUUGCCAGAAGCAGCUUAGUCAUGCUGCCCCCAUGACCCGGAAGCUGUACACCGGCUCCCUUGGCCAAUAAACGAGAUGAGCGUCGCAACCCCAGAGUCGGCCACGACUGGACCUAAUGGUCAGGGGUCCCUUUACCUUUACCUUCCAUCAAGGGUGGUGACCCUCCAGAUGUUAUUGGUCUACAACUCCCAUCGUCCUCAACCAUUGACCAUGAUGUCUGUGAUGCAGGGAGUUGGCACCCAGGAACAUAGGAAGACCUCAUAGAUCCCACAAGAUCUAGUAAAUGGUGAACAUCUCAAUGGAGUACUGCAAACGAGAUGUCCAGGAGUUUAGAGAGGAAUAGGAUGCAAAAUGAGAAAGUGCUAUACUACCUAAAACAAUUUUCAAAAAUGCAUUGGAAUCCAUAUAGAACAUUUCUUUUGGUUCAAAACUGAGAUUGAUCUAGCAAAAGAAAAAGAAAGAUAUUUCAGUUAUAUUGGACUCAACAACCUCUUUACGGGAAAGGAUGGUCUAAUACUGAUAGACCUAAUGUGCUCCUAGUGUUAUUCUCCAUUUGUUCUUGUCUUGUUCUUACUCAGACAAAACCAAGAGGAUGGGGAAGCUAGCGCUUGCAAAGAGUGGAGCGUCCAGAAGGAACGCAGCGUCCAGAAAGCGUAAAGCAAAAGCAAGUGAAACUGGUGGUCUGUAUACAGCACAGUCAUAUGGGCUGAGGUUUCUCAUAAAGUAGAGGAAUGCGCGGGAAAGGGAAGUUGAUGGAGAGACGGGCAGGGAGAGGAUUGUGCCAGGGAGGAGUGCUGAGAAAAGCCCACGCAGCUCUUUGGGUGCCAGAGAGCCACUAAGCCCCAUAGAAACCCCAGGGGUGGGCCUAAUCUUUGCUGCUGGCUGCUGUGUUCCUUUAGUGUGUGCAGUCAGGAAUGGCUGUACAAUUAGGCAGAAUGAGGCAGUUGCCUCAGGUAGCAGGUCUGGGGUGGGUAGAGAUGUGCAGACCACACAAACUGCACUGCGCCUCCUCAGUUAGUCUGCUGCCCCGUUAGCCACAUUGAGAUAAGAGCCAAUGGCCAGCCCAGCCCAGCUUGUGUAUGUGGAAUUAUGUGUUUGGAGGGAGCAUCUUGUCAUUUGUCUGGGGGGCAGGAAGUAGUAUCAAAGGCUCCUGUCUUCUGAUCCGGACAUUGGUCAGAAAAGUUUCCACAAGCAGCAUGGCAUCUCGACUUGCUUCCUCCACCUGCUUUUAUCCUCCCAAGUGCCCACCCCCUGAACAGUUGAGUGUCCCUGGCUGAUGGCUUCCACAGCACAUGGAAGCCCUUUUUCCUGGAGUGGCAAUGGUAUGUUGGCUACUGAUGGCUAAAGCAGGAUUUUCUUUCUUCAAGCAUCUGCUUUUCAGGACUUGGUUACUUUCUUCAAAUCUCCAAUUGGUGAAAGAUUGAUCGUACUUGAGAUUUUCAUCUUUACUGUCAUGACACUGAUGGUUUUCAUUCUGUGUAAGUACACAACUGGCAUAUGGUGAUACUUCUGUCGUGGGCUUUGCUUCAAUGCCAAUAGCAUUUCCAAAAAGAGAUGGCAGGAUGCAGCUUCCAUUGACCCCUUUCAUCUCUCUUUUAUACCAGGGAGGGAGUUCCAGCUGUCACCCAGUGAGAGCAAAGGCACUGUUUUGUUCUCCCUGAAUAAGUGAGUUCCAGCACUUGGAACAGAAGCACAGGCUAACACAAGUCCCCGGGACACCCUGGACAAUUCCCUUUCCCAGCUUGCAAUUCUCUCCUCCUUUCCCAACUAAUCCUCAUUUGCUGUGGGAGAGCCCCCAUUUCUGGUCCUCAGCACCCUGUCCUCUGCUAGGGCUCCAGUCCCUUCAAGGAAAGUGUUUGGGGAAAACAGGCUGCAAAGGAUAAGGCCAUGGCUAAUGUGGCUGGAUCCAGAGCCUACCUAAAUAUCGAGAUAUAUGCAGGGCUUUUUUCAGCCGGAAUUCAUCAGGACUCAGUUCCGGCCCCUCUCAGGUAGGUGAUGUUUCCAUUCUAAGAGAACAAGGGAGGCAUUAAUGGCGAGUUUGAGUGCCUCUUUUUCUAGAAAAAUAGCACUGGAUAGAUGAACACAUGGCCUAUUUGCCUAGUGAAUUCAUUUUUAAAGUAAGCAAAGCUUGGGGUGAGGGAGUCAAAUGAUCCAAGAAUUUGCAUAUUUUAAGCAUACGGCAGAGCACGAGGCAGCCUGGCAAAGGCAAGUCUGUAGGACAAAGAGGACAGGUGUAUCUAGACAACCAAAAAUCUAAAGCUCUCUAAGGAAGGCCAGCUAUCUGGUGAAGAAGUAGCAGGCUAAAUGGAAACAGGACUUCAGACGACCAGGGCAGCUUAAAUCAAGGCAUGGGAACCCUCAGUCUAAGGGCUGAGAGCAGAAAAUAUUAAUAGAAGUCAUUUUCAUGUUUUUGUUGAUUUGAUUUUUUAUUUGCCCUUCUCCCUAAGGACCCGGGGCACGUUAUAAGUCGGCAAUUUAAAUUCUAUAUUAAUAGCAGUUUGAAACCAAGUAUCCCCUUCCCCAGCUUAUCAGAUUAGUGUGCCAGAACACAAUUUCUUCAUUUCUUUUCUACCUCCCUCCUUCUUAGAUCGGAAGGAACUGAAAAAGAGAGAGGAGCUUCAAGUGGCAAUGGAUAUGAUACGAACCGUUGUUGUUGAGACUGAUCCAAUCUACGAAGACAAGGAUGGUAAGCAUUUUAUAUGCACAUCCACACUUUUGCUGUAAAACAUUUAAAUUAAACAGACUUCAAUUCCUGUAGUUAAAUUUGGCGUUCAUAUUGCUUGAGCAAUACAUAUGUUCAAUGAAACUCAUCACGCAACAGAGUUCAUCACUUUUUCAUUGCUCAGCAGGAAGAAAGGCAGACGGUUGUGAUUCUCACAUCUCCCCACUAGAAAUGCUGUCCUCGCCCAUCACACUGUAACUCACAAUGUUUGUGCUAGUGCAAGAUUUUAGCACUAGCACAAGGGAACGUUCCCCCCACUUCUCCCUGCAUGCCAUCACCAAAGCUGCUCUCCAGGAAGGGGGGGGACUUUGGAACAGAUUGGAGGGAAGGAGGCUGAAGAUCGCAUUGCACAAGGGAAAAUCCUUGCACUGACAUUAUAUCCCACAUCAUAAAAAGAGUUUCAGUGCCUCUGUUUUCUUAGAUCUCACAAAGCAUAAUUGAAAACUGCAAAGUAUUCUUUGUAUAUUUGGCUUUCCUGUGGAAUUCAAGGCAGAAUUGGUUUGUGACCCUGUGAUUCCCAGCAGAAAAGGAGGACAUAGGAAGGGAACAUCAGAGAUACUUCAUGAGCCACUUUUAAUAUGAGAACAGGAUAGUAGACUGCAGGGGUCUUUGGUCUGAUCCAGCUGCAGGGGUCUUCAGAGGCUUUUCGUUGGUGAUCUCAGCCACAGAGAAUCAACUCUGCCCUUAUAUUCGUAAGAAAUCCACACUGGAGCUCUGCUUCUUGUUUCAGGCUUGAGUGUUUUUAAGUGUUUGGAAAUGGUUUCCUGAUAUUUGCAGCUUGUUAUUUCAGAUACUCCUGCCUUAAACUGUUUCAAAUCUUUUAGACUUAGAAAUACUUGCUGCAGCUCAAAACAUAUCGGAGGAAAUGCAGUAUUUUGCCAACUUAAAUGAUCAACUGCAAAAAGAAAUUGGUAAGCUACCCUACGAUGCUGGAAAAUUGUAGUGCAGCGGGAACCUGCCCUGAUUCUGCACCAGUUGAAAGUCCCUCCUCUAGCUGAAAACUCUUAGAGCCAGAGCAGACUGCUGCCCUCCUUCGCAUCCAGCCACCCUAGCGAAACAUCAGAGAUAUUCAGAUCAGCUCUCCUGAACUGUCAAAAUGCUUUGCAAGCAAGUCACAGAAAGCUGCUCUUAGUUCUAUCAUCUCCUUCGGGCCAGACUGUAGCAGGCCCCACGCUACCCGGGAAAGCUCUGCUGGAUGGCACAAUGGAGGAAGCAGAGCACGUCUUCUUUGUAGCCUUCACUGCCACUUGGUGGGCUCGAUGAUGAGCCCUCACCAGUAGUCGAUUGCAUUCAACCAGAUUUUUCCUCCACUCACGUAAAAGCCAUCUUCCAGCAUCUUUCUUUGCCCUAACCUCUGCAGUAUAAGGUAAAGGGACAGCUGACCGUUAGGUCCAGUCGUGACCGACUCUGGGGUUGCGGCGCUCAUCUCACUUUAUUGGCCAAGGGAGCCAGAGUAUAGCUUCUGGGUCAUGUGGCCAGCAUGACUAAGCCGCUUCUGGCAAACCAGAGCAGCGCACAGAACGCCGUUUACCUUCCCGCUGGAGUGGUACCUAUUUAUCCACUUGCACUUUGAUGUGCUUUUGAACUGCUAGGUUGGCAGGAGCAGGGACCAAGCAAUGGGAUCUCACCCUGUCGCGGGGAUUCAAACCGCCGACCUUCUGAUCGGCAAGUCAUAGGCUCUGUAGUUUAACCCACAGCACCACCCAUGUCCCCCUCUGCAGUAUACUAGGGGGCCAAUCAGGCUGCAUGAAGCAGGAAUGGGCACUCAGGGCCAAUCAUGUCAGUGGCCCAAGCCAAGGCAGAGGGCCCUCCCCUCUCGGUAGUUGCACCCGCCCUAUGGCACUCCCUCCCACCAGAUAUCAAGGGGAAAAACAACUAUCUGACUUGUUGGAAGUUGCCCAGAGUGGCUGGGGGAAACCCAGUCUGAUGGGCAGCAUAUAAAUAAAAUAUUAUUAUUAUUAUUAUUAUUAUUAUUAUUAUUAUUAUUAUUAGGUUGUUCCAGAGCUUGGCCAAAGUUCGGCAGGAGCACCAAAAUCCCCCAGAGCCAUUUUGGAAGCCCACUGGAUCCAUCCUGUCAGCUCAGGCAGGGAGACUGCUGGGCAGCAAAGUGGAUGGUAAACCAGCAGACUCCCUCAUUUGUCCCAGUUGCCCAAUGCCAGGAACACACACUCUAGAUUCCCACCCCCACCCCCAGCAGAGAGCCUGGAGAGAGGAAGAGAAACAAAUAGGUGAGGCCCCAGGGGUUCAGAUAACGCCUGUGAGGGGACGUACAUCUUUUGCCUGUUCCCUCAAAUAAAAGCUUCUUGACUGCGUUCCUUUUCCAGCUCUCCCCACCCAGGUAUUUACUGCAGCACCAGCAUGGGUUGAAGCGUUAAUGUUGUUCUUGUUUUAAUCUUUCUGAGCUUCCUAGAUGAAUAUAUGUUAUCACGUGGCCACAGGAAUGAACUUAACAAAAAUAACUGAAAUAACUGCACAGACAAACAAGGUGGUCCCCAUUAAAUUCCCUAUUUCCCCCCUCUACUUCCUCCAUACAUGGCUUGACUCAAAGAUACCCUUCUUGAAAACUUGAACAAUGGCUGGGUCAUAUAUGAAAGGACCUUCUAUUGGUUUUCUAUUGAGAUAGGCUCAUGGACGGAUGCCCAAAAAAAUUGUGAGCAGGAGGGCGCCAGGCUCAUUUCUGUGGAAACAAGGGAAGAACAGGUGAGCAUCAUCACUAUCCAUUCAAGAAGCUCCAAUCCCCCUGUAUGCAGCCAAGACAGCAACUCCAUCAGUCAAGCCAAGGGGUGGGUGGGGCAGGGAGCAGCUGCUACCAUCUGGGACUCACUGAGGUUUCUUGGAGCUGCUGAGCUCUAAUAGUCAGGAAGGAGGUCCUGAAGGAGGUGAAGGAGGAGAUACUUGAGGGGCAUCUAUCCCUUGGCUUGCCGGUAAAUUCUUCCUCUACUCUGUGAGAUGUACUGAGUGCUUAGAAAGAAGGCUUCACUCACCACCCUAACCCUCUGGCAUGAGAGUAUCAUGGAGAUUACUCUAGAGGAGCUUGCAGAGUAUAUCCCUCUCCCAGCACCUUAGCCCUGGUAGAGGAGCUACUGGGCUGCUACAGGGCACAGACAUGGGUGAGACUCCAUCAUCAUGCCAUCAAGUAUCCCACAAGCAGACUGAUUCCAGUGUCUUUGGAGCCAACCAACAAACAUGGCGGCAGAAAUUGGAGUAUUUGCCACACAGGUCACUGUCCUGCUAGGUGGUUCCAAGACCAACUGUUCUCUGGCACAGUCAUUUACAGCAUCUGGAAAUUUUAACUCUGUGUCAUGACUGGAAGACAUGUGUAGCCAGUCUCGGUGAGGGCAGGUGAAGUUACCCUUCCCUACAAUAUUUCCUCUUUGGGAUGCUUCCUUGCUUCCAUCAUCAUCAUCAUAAUUGUGAUCAGGGGGACAAUACCACAUCCACUGUACGAAAUUAUUCUCGGUGAUGGGAAUACUAUGUAUAGUUUUGAUCACUGCUUCCUCAAUAUAUGUGGAUUGGACCUUCAAAUGUGACACCUGCUGCUUUUAAAAUGUGCUUGUUUUAUGCAUGUUGAAUUUCUGUCAAGGGCUAUAGUCUCCUAGAGAAAAGGACAUUGUCUUAAUAUAUUUUAUUUGUUCUUUCUGCACCCCUUCCCUAGUAUUUUAUAAACAAGCAAGUAGAAAGACAUCAAAAGUUUUUUUGGAUUGGAGUCUUUAAAGACAAGGGGAAGAAAUGGUCGUGGCUGUCAGGAAUGGAGGCUGCAGUCCAGUAAGUUUCUGAAGAAACAUUUGUUAAUGGCGUGCAUUCCAAAAAGUUACAUAACUGAUCUGUUCACCCUCCAAAUAUAUUUUGCCAUGCACUUUUCUCCACUACCAAAGAUCUGCAUAUGUACUCCUCCACAGCAUUGUCCAGGUGAGCGACUGCUUCUUCUCUCAAGGUUGGAGCAAGGCUGCUCUUCCUGCCUCUCUAACCUAUGAAUGCGGUGAUUCAGAAGAGGGUGAGGGCAUCCUUUUCAAUGGUUUGUGCUGCUUAGCUCAGCUGCAAAAGGACUUGCAGGAACCUAAACUGAGCAACACUCUCUUUAGGAAAAUAUUUCUACAGUUAUCUGCUAAACAAUCUGAAUAACUAGCAAUCUCAGAACUAAAAUAAUAGGAGCAGAGGAGGCAAGUGUGCGAGAGAGCGUAGUUCACGUCACUCUCUUGGAUAGAAUCAUAGACACAUAGAAAUGUAGCGUUGGAUGAGACCCCAAGGAUCAUCUAGUCCAACCCCCUGCAAAGCAGGAAUCACUGACAGAUCCCCAAUAGUUUUGGGUUGUUUAAGACAGUUCAUGGUUCCCUUUAAGUAUCUAACAACCCUUUUCAACCCGUGUUGAUGCAUUGACAAGGUCAGAGUAAGAUCUCACUCAUCCACAGCUUGGUAGUAGAACAGCGAGCUGGUCUGGCAUUUAUUACCAAGACUGGAUGAACAGAGGGUUGCUUUCUCCUGGAACAAAACCCAAUGACAUUCAUCUCCAUUGAUGCACCCAAUACUAAUCACUUAACCUUUUUGGCAAAGGCAUUGAGUAAAGUUCACAAAAGGCCAUUGGAGUUGGAUAAUACCAGCUGGGAACUUAAACCCUGUAUGCCAGUGGUUCCCAGUUAGCUAAGUAGUACAGACCCCUUCUUUUUCAAAAGCCAAGCCAUGGGCCCCUCUACCUUUGAACAUUUGGAUAUCUCUGUGGCAGUUUUUGUCAUGCAAAUGGUGUAAUGGAGCCGCUGGGUGGAUGGUCCUUGGACUUCCAAUUGGUGAAUCACUGCUGUAUGUGAACUUAGACUUGAUCAAAGGGCAGAUCCAACCCCAACAUCUCAUGGGAGUAAAAGAACACCCACUACACCAUUAUUACUAAUAUCAAUUGAAUAGAUUCAUGGAGAGUUAAAAAUGGGGGAGUUAUAGUAUACAUUUACACAGAAUUUUAGUGUUCUGUAGUGGGACUUGAUUCAAUAUACAAUGGACACUGGAGAAUGCAAGGCCUUACCAGAAGUGACAAUAAGCAUGGGGCUAUCAACUAUGGAUAAUUGAUUAGAGUAUAUAUAUAUAUAGAGAGAGAGAGAGAAAUCAUAUCAUUCCAACCAUCUCUAUAAUGGCUUUGUGGUUAUAGAUUAUAUUUUGUAUUUCAGUUGUAGACUUAGCUAUUUUUGUUUCUGUAUAGUGUCAUUGCCAUCCUUGUGCAUAAGGUGAGUGAUAGAUGUGAGAAGAGGUGGAUUAUGGCAGAUGCAAAUCUAACAAAGUUUUUAUUUGCUCAGAACAAUCACUACUGUGCUAACUCUGCUACGAGAGAGUAAGGAUCUCUCAACACCCAAUAUGGUCCACAGCAGAUCUGAGGAGGAUGUGGGUGCAGAUGGAGAGGAGAGAGGGCCAGUUCUGUUGCAGAAAUGGAAAUCCUGGCUAUAGCAGAAGUACUGCAUGGGAUACUACACAAAAUUGUUAAAUAAAGUGACUGCAAGUUCUUGUGUGUACCACUGAGCCUUCCACAGUGACACCCUCUUUUUUUUCUUCUUCUUCCUAUGAGGAAUCACUUCAUAUCAGAAGAAAAUAGUCUUGACCCACAGUUGUGGUUUUUUUGUUCUUUUAUAUGGUUAGAAUUCUAAAAUCUGGGGAGAAAAAUCCAUCACAAUUGUGGGUGGAUGUGAAGAGAGAAAGAGCUGAACAUCUUUUUAAUGGUAGAAGACAUGGGGAGUGAGCGAGGAAGUAGACAUCCAAUCUUGAUUGAUCAGUCCUGCUUUUCUUUUCAGCUACUGGAAUUACUAUGAGCCAAAUUAUGAAGCGAACCAUGACUGUGUUGCUGUGUCCUAUGACUGCUACUAUGGAAAAUGCUGGAUGGCAUUUGAAUGUGAUCUACAAAUACACUAUAUUUGUAAGAAGGUGCCUAAUGAUACUUGGCUCUAAGAAGACACCUUAAGAUGAACAUAACUGGAUCCCAUGAUCACUACACAAAACCAAAACCAAGAGAUCACCCCACGGUUUUGAUGCACAGUCCACACCCUGCCACCUAGAUUAUGGGACUCUCUGGCACCACCCCUCAAACACACAGUGAAAAGACCUUAAUCUGCAAGCUCAAACAUAGAUGGCUACGAAAAUAAAGAAUGGAAGGGUCCAGUCAUA